GAGACACACAGCGGAUAUGCUACUGUGCGCGGGAGGGUUUUGGCGUGAAAGCAAGGGAGUGUUAUUAGUCUGAAAAAUAACAUGUGAAACUGGAGUGGCAGUUGCGAUGAUUUCAGCUCACUGGGGUGAAAUUGAGGCCCCUGUCAGUCCUGCUGUUCCAGGGUGUGUAAAGUUCCAGACAUCCCAGGAUGAAGAAAGCGACCCAGCCUGUUGGAAUCUGCAGGAUAAUGGGCAUUCAGUUGCAGAGCCGUGCAGUGUACCAAAUGAUAGUAAUGAAGAACUUUCUGAAAGUCUGCUGGAGGGUGAGGAAUCCAAGAAAGACACUCUGACCAUAAUGUUGGAGUCGAUUGCAAAAAGUGGUGCCCAGAUUAAGAGCCAGCAAAAAGGAGAGCCAGACCUAACUCUGGGUGAAAAGUUGGGCAUCCUGAAUGAACUGUAUCACAGUAAGCCCCUAAUCUUCUUGGAGAGGUACUACCGGCACCUCCAACCUGAGCACUUGACCUGCUUCCAGCACCUGGCAGGCAGCUAUGAGGUGGAAUUUUACUGUGCAGAGAUCCAUCGUAAUAACUCUCAAAAGAACAGUCGGACUCGCAUUAAAAACAAGCGCUAUGCUGCCCUGCAGGGUCUGAUCCGAGAAGGGGAAUAUUUUAGCGAUGAGAGAAUGCGUUCACGUGAUCCCCUUCUUUAUGAACAAUGCAUUGGCCAGUACCUGACAGAUGAUGAGAUGAUGGAGCAAAAUGCACGUUCCAUGUCCGAGUCACGCUGCCUGUCCGACGUCUUACUUUCCUCAUACCAAGAGCAACUGAUUCAAAGGAAAAUGGAGCUACAGCAGGAGAGGGAAGAGGGUGCAGAAGAAGAAGAGGAGGAGGAAGAAGAAGAUGAUGAUGAAGAGAAUGAGCAAGAUGGACCAGCUGGCUCAAUGGAAACUGAGUGGGUUCCCACGGCAGAAGAGAAAGUCAUGUUGAGGGAGGAAUUCAUCAGCAGGAUGCACCAGCGUUUCUUGGAUGGCGAGGACAGGGAUUUUAAUUACAGCGAGGUGGAUGAUAACCCAGAGUAUGACAAUCUGGAAAUUGUUAAUCAAGAUGCAGAGGAGCGCUAUUUUGAUGAGGAGGAGGAUUCUGAUGGUGAUAUGUGUGAGUGAGUGAAGAAUUUCUGGACUAGGUCUGUUUUUGGAUUUCCCCGAACCUGGUUGCUGACAAUAAUGCUGAAAAAUUUCUCGUGCUUCUCAUCCUUCAGGGAUAGUUUCCAAAGUAAAACGGUAGCUGGGAUACUCUAGAAAAUGAGGAAUAUAUAUAUAUAUAUUUUUUUUUAAACUGGACAUUAUAUUAUUCAUUCUUUAUAUUGUUCUAAGAUCCCAACUACAUCAGGAAUUUUGGCAGUUUGUAAGAUUUGCUCUGAUGAUUCUCAACACAUUUCUUGGAUCCACCAUCAUUGUCUAAUUUGCACAAGUUCAGGAUAUCUGAUCUCUCAGCCUUGUGGACACAUGACGUGAGUGUUUCCCUUGCACACUUAAAAAGUGUCAUCAGAUUAUUUUGGGUGUCGAAAUAUAGAAAUCUAUCAGCUGUAAGUAAAACAGUAAAAUGAAAGAUAACACAGACUUGUGUACCAGGCCACUUCAGAAGAGUUCACCCUACUAGUACAAGGCCACUAAUUACUGGAAGUAAUGAGGAGAAAUAGAUGUGUAAUCAGUCACAUUGAUUUGGCCCUGAAACAGUUGUACUGUACGUAGAACAAAAUACAAACUACCAGAGGUUUAACAUUUUAGAAAUCAAGUAACUUGUCCAUGUAACACUGUUUUAAUAUGGAUGGUUAUCUUGAUUGAUUUAGUUAUUCUGCUUGUUCUCUCUUUUUCUGUUUAAUUUCCAUUAAGUUAAAAAAUAAAAAACAACACUUUUGUAUUAGCUCUUUGAAAUUUUGAUAAAGAGAAUUAUUAAACUGGCCAAGACUCAAAUUAUGAUGUAGUCAUGAGUGCCUGGGAAUUGUGGAAGCUGUGUUUUUCUUUUAAGAACAUGGAAAUGUCCAGUGGUUUUGAGGGUUCAGUUACUUAAUAUUUUGAGAAAAGUGUACUCAGUUUAUCAUGUCUUCAAUAAAUGAAAAUGAUCU